UUUGCUUUCUGUUCUCUGUUCCCCAGGAAAAUGGGGUGCAAUGCAAUGGUCUUCAGCGCUGCUGCCAGGUGGCUGUGUGCACUGCUGCUGCUAUGAGAGAGUCAAGAGAAAAGGAGUCUGUGCUUCCCCACCCCAAAGGCUGUCCCUGCUGGUGGUGGGGAGAUGCUGAACCAGAGCGAGGUGCCCUGGAAGCCUUGUAGCUGUGUGGGUGUGCCUUGCUACAGCUCAGAUACCAUUUUUCACUGGGAUAGCGUUGCAGUGUCCCUGAACUUGUUGGAGGCAAUACCUCUGCAUCAGUUUACAGUUUAAUAAUCCAACUUGCAUGUACGUCUGUGCUGUGUGUUAAGAAUGUGAGGCUGGGAAGGGCUCUGCUGCUGAACGCAGCUUCUGGCUGAGGGAACUGUAGUUAACAAGGAAACUGCUUCUCGAGUGCACAACUGUUCCCUUUCGCGGCCAUCCCAGUUCCCGUAAGCUUCCUUAGGAGCUGCUGUCCUGUGAGUCUUAAGCUGAUGCUUUCUGUGUUUGCUUGAUGCAAGCCAGGACUGAGCAGGAGCUUAUCGCAGUGCUCUGUGACCAUGACCCGGUCCGUUGUGUCCUCAGUUUUCCUUGGAAGCCGCUGUAGGUCUCUUUUCUGUUUGCCUUUUUACCAUUGCUAUCUCUUGCCCUGUCAUUUCCCUGACCAACUAACAAGCUCAUCGAGAAAGAAUUUCAUCUGCAGCCAUGUGGAGCUGCCUCGUUUGCGCCAGCAUUGCCGGCAGCCUUUGCCUGGUCCCGUGCUCCUUUCCUCCAGGGCCUCAUUCUCCCAUCCUGUUGCAUUCAGGUUUUGCUAGCAGAAUGCACAGUUUGCUUUUCCCUGAAGCUUACGGCUCCUCCCUGCUCACAUUGGUGCCCAUUGGGUCUGUCCUGAGGUGUGCUGGGCUCUCUCCAUGCCCAAACAAUCCAGCACAUGGUGCUGGCCUGGAUUCAGAGCCCCCACGUCACUGCUCUCAGCAGUGUUACCCGGGAGAUGGAUGGUAUGUGAGCCCCCAUCUAAUUUCUUUUUUUUUUCUUUUUAGUCUCCCUAAGGCAGAAGUACACUCUGGAUGCAGUUACUGCAUCUGGAGAGGGCCAAAUGUGAACUGCGUUGACAGUACUGGAUACACUCCACUGCACCAUGCUGCUUUGAAUGGUCAUAAGGAUGUGGUGGAAGUCCUCUUGAGGAACGACGCGCUCACCAACGUGGCAGACUGUAAGGGCUGCUACCCCCUUCACCUGGCAGCCUGGAAGGGAGACGCAGACAUAGUGAAGCUCCUCAUCCACCAGGGACCUUCGCAUACUAAAGUGAAUGAGCAGAAUGCUCUUGAGAUCAAAGAACUCAAAAAGUACGGCCCCUUUGACCCAUAUAUCAAUGCCAAGAACAACGACAACGAGACGGCGCUGCACUGCGCGGCGCAGUACGGCCACACCGAGGUGGUGAAGGUCCUCCUGGAGGAGCUCACCGACCCCACCAUGCGCAACAACAAGUUCGAGACCCCCCUGGACCUGGCCGCGCUCUACGGGAGGCUGGAGGUCGUGAAGAUGCUGCUGAACGCCCACCCCAACCUUUUAAGCUGCAACACGAAGAAACACACUCCCCUGCACUUGGCAGCGAGGAACGGUCACAAAACUGUAGUGCACGUCCUCCUGGAUGCUGGCAUGGAUAGCAACUACCAGACUGAAAAAGGCAGUGCUUUGCACGAAGCUGCUUUGUUUGGCAAGACAGAUGUGGUACAAAUAUUGCUGGCUGCAGGUAUUGAUGUGAACAUAAAGGAUAACAGAGGCCUGACAGCUCUGGAUAUUGUGAGGGAGCUUCCUUCUCAGAAAAGCCAACACAUAGCAGCUCUCAUUGAAGAUUACACGACUGGGAAGAAAAGUGCCAAGGCUGCAGAGAAGACGGCGCAAGCACCGCUUGCUCCAGCCACCGACCCUGCGUGCUGGAUCCCUCAGGGUGACGUGGAGAAAGCAGUGACAGAACUGAUCAUAGACUUCGACGUGAACCCAGAAGAGGAGAGCCCGUACGAAGCGCUGUACAACGCGACGUCCUGUCACUCCCUGGACAGCCUUGCCAGUGGGAGGUCUUCAGACCGAGAGUCUGUGAAUAAGGAAGUGGAAGCAACCGGCCUUAAAGCAGCAGGAGUCAGGCCUAGAGAGCGUCCGCCCCCCCCCGCCAAACCACCGCCCGAUGAAGAGGAGGAGCAGCACACGGAGAAGAUGGGCCACGGUGCUUCCUGUGAGGCCACUGUUGCACGAGGAAAGAGCAGGGGAAGCGGAGCUGAGGAAGAGGAACACCCUUACGAGCUGUUGCUUACAGCAGAAACUAAAAAGCCAGUUGCAGUGGAUAGAAAAACAAAAGACCACAGGAGGAGCAGCGGCGCCCGCAGCCAGGACUCUACGGACGCCCAGGACAUCCAGGUUCCGGAGCAGUUUUCGGGGUUGCUUCACGGUUCUUCCCCCAUCUGUGAAAUAAGCGAGGACCCUUUCAGGCUCGUUUCCUCCGCGGAGAAGGGAGGCGUGGAAGCAGCGAGCCACCCACCUGCUAUGCAGCUGGAGGAUGCUGAUUUACCUACCUCCGCAUCAGCACCGACCGGCUCUCCAGACCAAAACCAGAAAGCAAUCUACGCAACCGUCCAACACACGCACGUCAACCGGGCGGAUCCUGAGACUGUAGGCACGCCCCACGUGCUCCAGCACCCCGGCGGUGCCGAGGGCGAGGGGGACAGAGGUGGUGCUGCGGGCAGAGCCCACCCGGGGAGCAAGCCCAAAGCCGAGCUCAAGCUCAGCCGCAGCUUGUCCAAAUCGGACUCCGACCUCCUGACCUGCUCCCCAACAGAGGACGAUGCCAUGGGGAGCCGGAGCGAAUCGCUCUCCAACUGCAGCACCGGGAAGAAGAGGCUGGAGAAGUCGCCUUCCUUUGCUUCGGAGUGGGAUGAGAUUGAGAAAAUCAUGAGCUCCAUCGGCGAAGGCAUCGACUUCUCCCAGGAGCAGCAGAGGAUCUCAGGUUCACGGAUGCUGGAGCAGAGCGUCGGGGAGUGGCUGGAGUCCAUCGGCCUGCAGCAGUACGAGAGUAAGCUGCUUUUGAACGGCUUUGAUGAUGUCCGCUUCCUGGGCUGUAAUGUCAUGGAGGACCAGGACCUUCGGGACAUUGGGAUCGGAGACCCGCAGCACCGCCGGAAGCUCCUGCAAGCAGCUCGCUCGCUGCCAAAGCUGAAGCCCCUGGGCUGCGAUGGGAACAGCCAGCCAUCCGUCCCCGCCUGGCUCGACUCGCUGGGGCUGCAGGAUUACAUCCAGUCCUUCCUCUCGAGCGGCUACAGCUCUAUUGACACUGUGAAAAACCUCUGGGAGCUUGAAAUAGUCAAUGUGCUGAAGGUGAACCUGCUGGGCCAUCGGAAGAGGAUCAUCGCCUCGCUGGCCGACCGGCCCUACGAGGAGCCCCCGGCGAAGCCACCACGCUUCUCCCAGCUGAGAUGCCAGGACUUGAUGUCCCAGACGUCGUCGCCCCUGAGCCAGAACGACUCCUGCACGGGCAGAUCCGCCGAUCUCCUGCUGCCUGCUGGGGACACCGGGAAGAGGCAACACGAGCGCGGCAGCGAGCUGGCGGCGUACUCCAAAGUUGAGCGCUACAAAGCACAGGAGGACCGUCGGGAGUCCAAGUUGACCCUGCGCCCUCCCAGCCUGGCUGCCCCCUACGCUCCAGUCCAAAACUGGCAGCACCAGCCAGAGAAGCUCAUCUUCGAGUCCUGUGGGUACGAGGCCAAUUACCUGGGCUCCAUGCUGAUCAAGGAUCUCCGAGGUACAGAGUCGACGCAGGAUGCCUGUGCCAAGAUGAGGAAAUCCACAGAGCAUAUGAAGAAGAUCCCGACCAUAAUACUGUCCAUCACGUACAAGGGAGUGAAGUUCAUUGAUGCCUCUAACAAGAAUGUCAUUGCUGAGCAUGAGAUCCGAAACAUCUCCUGCGCUGCCCAGGACCCUGAGGAUCUCUGCACGUUCGCCUACAUCACCAAGGACCUGCAGACCAGCCACCACUACUGCCACGUCUUCAGCACUGUGGAUGUGAAUCUGACCUAUGAGAUCAUCCUCACCCUGGGGCAGGCGUUUGAGGUCGCCUACCAGCUGGCCCUCCAAGCUCAGAGAGCGAAGCCUCUGGGUGCUGCAGCGGGAGAAACCAUUGAAACGAAAUCUUCCAAACCGGUGCCUAAACCGCGAGCUGGCAUGAGGAAAUCCGCAGUGCCGCUCCCUCCUGACACCCGCUGUUGUUACUGUCACACCUGUACAACACACCGCCCCUCCUACCUGCCGCUGCAGUCUGUUAGUCCUGGAGCUAAGCUGGAGCCCCCUGAAGUGGACCAAGAUUCCCAGUCUCAUGCCAGUGUCUCGUGGGUCGUGGACCCCAAACAGGACUCCAAGCGGACCCUCAGCACUAACUGAGCUCCGGGCAGCUGUCUCCUACCACGGAAAUGUAGUAACGAGGCAGAGACCUAAGAAGCAGUGGCCUGCUGACACGAAGACCAUCUCCAUCUGGCACUGGUGUCUGCCUCUGAGGGUGUGCAUGGCUGCUCAGUGAGGGCUCCCAAAGCAGAGGGGGAAAGGGAUCCCAGCCACCAGCUGAGAAAAGCAGCUCUCCAUUUCUAGCAAAGGAAAGUUGAGACUUCCGAGGCCGAGCGAUGUCACGUUUUCUAGUCUGAGACAAACUGCUUUCAACCCGUUUCUUUUUUACACGUGAAAUGAUACAGAGCAAAUCCAGUUCACAGUCUAAAUGUAGCACUGCAGGUUUUUCUUGGUGAGGGGAAAAAAAAAAAAAAAGAAAUUAUUUACUGAGAAUCUGCACAGUCCAGCAAGGAGUACAAUAGAAAGUCUUACCGGUGGGAGUGGUGUGUGCAUCUCUUACGGUACUUAAAUAUGCUUCAGUUCUGGGUGAACAGUAGAGAAACGCCAAAUUCUUGGAAACAACUUCCUCCAGUGUGAGAAGCCUUGCAGGGUAAGUCUGCAUCCUUUCUUUUCAAAGCCACUCCACGCUUUUAUAGCAAAUGGAAAUCACUUAAGGAAAAGUCUGCGGAGGAUCUUUCACCUCAGAGUGGCUGUGGCCAAGUAUUUGCUGAUGGUACAAAGCUUGCUUCCCUACAGAGAACUGUUGCAUUGCAAUACUUGACAAUUCUAUGGCAAGGACACAACUUCUUCCCAUUUACGCACUGAAUACCUGGGGAGGAGUCCCUUCUCCAGCCUCUUGUGCACCUGUCUUGUUUUUAAAUGCAGUUAUGCCCUGAAGGGUUGGGUGUUGUUUUUUAGGUUUUUUUUUUUUUUUUUUUUAAGCUUAUUCAAUUGUGAUUUAGCACUUUUUUAUACUAGCUCACUAUUUAAUCAGUGCAACGAUUUUGGAAGACGAACAAAAGAGGAGUUAAAUUUGGGGCAUUCCAACAAUCCAUACCCGAGGAUAAAUCAUAUCAACCUGCGGAUGGCUCAGCCCCAGCGUCCCCGCAUGCUGCCCUCCCGGAGGUGUGCUGUCUGCUUACUUUUUCUUCGAGUUACCGCAGUAUUUAACGGCAGUUUUGGCUGUGGCCGAUGUGUUUUCACAGCACUGUUCCCCUGGAGGGACAGCUGUUAAGAGGGUGGUGAUUUUUUAAUUCUUCAGAUGCAAAAAUGUAGCGCAGCACGUUUGUUACAAUCUCGGCAGGCAUUGCAGUGGUCGGGGAUGUGGUACCCUGCUGCUUUACUAGAAUGAUAUGCCCUAAUAAUUUCUGUUUAACUCCGGUUGCUGCUGUAUGUCAGGAUUUCAUUAGUCUCCCUAGCUGGUAAGAUUAGGAGAGAAGUGAACCAUAAUCCCAAGGGCAUAGACCUGUAAAUGAUUAGGAGGGGGAAGCGGAGAUUUUUUUUUUUUUUUAACAUUGAUGAAUUUAGGAAACCUAACAUUCCUUGUUAUGCGUAUGUUGCAAUUCAUACUGGUGUAAGUGUAAAUAUUUGGUGUGUUGGCAACAAGUCUUUUUGGAGAGAUUGCAAAUUGAACCUCUGCUUGGGAGGAGGGACACCCUUCUGUGCUGAAAAAAAGGCAUGAGCUUUUUGAAGGUUGGCUUGGAGGUGAAGUGGUGAUGAAGACUCCAAUCUUCAGGGGACUGGACGCUGUGACCCUGGUGGUUCUUUCCAGUCCUGUGUGUAAUUCCAUGGUUGUCUUUAGUGAUCCAGCAGUUCUUUAGCCAGAUACUCUUUCUCACUUCGUAGACAGCAGUUGUUUUGGCAGUGCAUCUUCCCCUUUCAUUUCAGUGGUUUUUUUUCGAGGUACUUGCAUACUGGAGACUGAUCCUGGACCGUGCUCACCAACUCCUAGUGCUUUGUUAGCCCACCCAAUACGCAGUAUUUUGGCUCUUCCUCCCUACAGGGUUUCACGGUAUCUGGAGGAAAGUGCUCUACCUUUCUGGUGCUGAUUUGAAUCUAAAUGCACUCACUGCCUGCCUGGGGAAAGGCGGUGCAGCCCUGGGUUUCGUUCCCCUUUUCAAGAACAGAUUGUGUUUUACAGACUUUGAGUUGGACAUGGCAUGAGUCCAGGCUGAGAACUCAAGAUAGAUCAGCUGUUUUUGUCUUUUUUUUAGUAGAGGAGGGGAUGAAUUUUUAUUUUCCAAAUUGAAGCUGCUUUAUCCUUUUUAAUUUUGUAUUUACAAAAAAAAAAAAAAAGAAAAAAAAAGUUAAUCUUAGCUGUUUGAACUUGCUUUGGGAUUUUUCUUUUUAGGAGAAAAAAAUCACACAAUUUUUGUGGGUAUGUGCCUGUUUCCCUUCUGGGGAGAAGAUAGGGCACCUUACAGGAUGUGCCUCCAAUGAAAUGCGAGGUACCUCCACAGGGCUGCUGUGAGACACAGACCAGAUGCCAAAUAGUACUUCCAAACAACUUGUUCUGUGUGCAGCUGAUGUGGGCUUAAUUGCUUUAAUGCUCCUUCCACCCCACUUCAGAAGCUUCUAGCAGCAGAACUUGCUUGGGCUUUCUUCUGCUUGCAUCAUUUCCAUGCAAUCAGAUCUUUAUUUUGGAGCAAGCACAGUGUUUGCAACGCUGUCUUGUUGCAAAAAGUCUCCCUUUUAGGUCUCAUAUUGGCAUUACCUACUGCAUUUUAAUUUUAUUUUUCAAAAGGAAGUAAAUGUGCUGCUCUUGCAAAGUAGAUCUAGCUCAAACACUUUUCUUACCCGUGGAAGAAUAACCUGAGAUUCCCUAACAGGGCAGAGAACAGUUGAGUUCAGUUUGCAAUGUAGACAUUUUUGCUAAUUGUGAUGUACGGCAGUGGGACUGAUUUGUAAUACAAAUGUUAUUUAAUCUGUCUGUAUUUUGAUACUUGAAUUUCCUUUUAUUUCCUGUAUAUACAAUUGUUAAUCUGUUCGAAUUUGUCUGAAUUUUAAACAUCUUGUGGUACCAAACAUAACCAAUCUGUGCAACAACAUAGACUGACCUCACUACAACAAGGCGAGAUUGUAAAUAUUCCUGGGCUUCCAGCAGUCGUUUUGUUGUUUUCAUAAUUGUACAACUUAGAACAGACUGAAUUAAUAAACAAACUUAGACACACAUU